AUGGCUUCUACAACUCAGACCGUGCAGCCUAUAGUCUGCCAAUUGAAGGGCGAGGCCGAGGCUAAAGAUCUCACUUAUGGAGCAAUCAGGGAGAAAAUCCCAGCUCACUGCUUUGAGCGCUCCGCAGUGAAGUCAUUGGCAUAUCUCUUUCGUGAUAUCGUCUAUGCAUCUGUGCUGGUUUACCUAGCUCUCCAGAUUGAUUAUCUGCCUACGCCACUUCUCCGGGCUGGUGCCUGGAUUCUCUAUGGCUUUGUUCAAGGCUGUGUUGGUACCGGAAUGUGGAUCAUUGGUCACGAAUGUGGUCAUGGCUCCUUCUCCGAGUCUUCUGGUCUGAACAACUUUGUUGGAUGGGCGGUCCACUCCCUUCUUAUGGUGCCUUUCUACUCUUGGAAGAUCACCCACGCUAGACAUCACCGUUACCAUGGCCAUAUUGACAAGGACACCGUCUUUGUUCCUCCAACUGAAUCUGAGGUCAAGAGCCAAGAGCCCACCCUUCUGAGCAAGUUCGUCGAGCUUGUUGAGGAGACACCUCUCUACCAUGCCGUCACCCUUCUGGGACACCAGAUCUUCGGAUGGCAACUCUAUCUGCUGUUUAACGUCAGCGCCGGCAACAAGAGUCUCCCCGACAAGGGAACUUCUUCGGGUCCUCGCACUCUCCGAAACAGCCAUUUGGACCCUCUGGGUUCCCUGUUCACCAGCCAACAGACCAAGCUGAUUGCGAUCACUGAUUUGGGCCUGUUGAUUGUCGGAGGCACUUUGUAUUACCUCUCUACCUUCAUGGGCGCCUGGAAGAUCGCGCUCCUGUAUGCUGUUCCCUAUUUCUGGGUCCACCACUGGCUGGUUGCCAUCACCUACCUGCACCACACCCACCCUGAUGUUCCUCACUACGACGAGAACUCAUGGACCUUCGUCAAGGGAGCCCUUGGUACCGUCGACCGACGAUUCGGCUUCAUUGGACGUCACUUCUUCCACGAGAUCAUUGACUACCACGUCGUUCACCACCUGUUCCCGAAGAUUCCUUUCUACCACGCGGAAGAGGCGACCAAUGCCAUUGUCCCCUUCCUUGGCGACAGCUAUCGCAUUGAAGAGGGAUCAUUCCUGAAGGACCUUGCCACCACCUUUACUACUUGCAAGGUUGUCAGUGAUCCUGAUGCGGAGGGUGCCUUACACUGGAAAGUCCCGGCAUCGGCCAGCAAAAAGCAAAACUAG